GCGCACAAGCGGCCGUUCCCAGCUUGCAGCGCUGCGCGGCGGCCGAGCCGGCAGCGGGCCGCCUCAGGCAGCCCCGGGCCAGGCGCCCCCGUCCCCAGCAGCGGGGGUAAGAUGGCGCUGAAGAGGAUCCAGAAGGAAUUAACUGACUUGCAGAGGGACCCCCCUGCCCAGUGCUCCGCAGGACCUGUGGGAGAUGAUUUGUUCCACUGGCAAGCCACCAUCAUGGGCCCGAAUGACAGUCCUUACCAAGGAGGCGUUUUCUUCCUGACCAUCCACUUCCCUACCGAUUAUCCUUUCAAGCCCCCAAAGGUUGUUUUCACAACCAAAAUUUAUCAUCCCAACAUCAACAGCAACGGCAGCAUCUGCCUUGACAUCCUACGGUCCCAGUGGUCUCCAGCUCUGACUGUGUCAAAAGUUCUCUUAUCCAUCUGUUCUCUGCUCUGCGACCCCAACCCUGAUGACCCUCUGGUGCCAGAAAUAGCCCAUACCUACAAGGCUGAUAGAGAGAAGUACAACAGACUAGCAAGAGAGUGGACACAGAAAUAUGCUAUGCAGAACAGAAGAUAUGGAAACUUUUAACAGAGUUCCGCAUUUAGGAUCCUCAGUUACAAGGCUGCUUUCUGUGUUCCAUGGGCUCCAUUCCUUGCUUUGUACCAUGGUGAGGAUUUGCCCUGUUAAUUUUUUCUCUCUCUGCUACCCCUUUGGGCUUUACUUAAACAAAAUUAUAAACUUCACGUGUCCCCUGGGAACACUGCCAUCACACAACUCUGCCAUUUCAGACAAUGGCCAUAAUACUCCUUGAACCAAAUAUAACAAAGUAUGGGAAGGUGGGACAGAUUCCAAUUUCAGAGACAAGUUAGAGGUUCAGAGAAGGAAUAUCCAGGCCCAAGUUGUUGAGUUGGAGGGUGCCAUUUUCAGCCUUUCCAGCAUAAUAGCUUAUGACUCCCCAGAAGCUCAUGAAUUUUCUCUGUCUAGUUAAAAUUUUCCCAAGCCUGCUGUCUCUGUUGGUGAUAAUGCAAUAGAAAAAGUAAAAUUAUCCUUUGGGAUCCCCACUGUGAAUUACCAUUCACCCUUUUGCUUGAUUUGCACUCUGUACUUGGACAGGCCUGUAUUGUGCCAAGCCAAGUGAUGGAAAGGCCACCACAGUGAUGUUCUGCAGGGCUGUCCCUGGCAAGUUUCUUGGACUUUCUACCCCUGAGAAACUUGAUUUUCAAGCCUUCCAGCACUCAGGUUAGCCUGAAGGACAGGCUUCUUAAGUUGAAACCCUUAUUUUAAAAUGCACUGUGUGCAGGCAGCUCCCAGAUAUCACACAGGUAUAGAUAUCAUGUUUCCAAGGCGAGUCCAAGGUCAGUAACUUAACAGCAGAUCUAAAAAUCUAACUGUGCAGUGAUACUUCAUUUUCUCCAUAGACCAGAGAUACCAGGGAAUUGCAUGAUCUUAAGCAAUUAAUCCAACAUGAACAAAUGACUUAACUCUGGCCAAAAGUAUCUCAGUUUGCUGGAUGGAGCUGUGAUCUUGAUCCUUUAGCAGACUAUAGGAAGACCCAGGAAUUCCAAGAAUAUGGCAAAGGGUCAAAAUCUCCUGACAAGGGGUUAAAAGACCAGAACACCCAUGUCCAGUGGGCCUGGCAGCUCACAGUUCAACCAUGUGUCAGCACCAUGGGAUCCAACACCACCUGACCGCAGAGGCCCAAGAAUAGGCAGGUUUCUGUCUCUCAAAUUCAGGACAAAGCCUCCUAAAGUGAUAAAAAGGUGCUUGUGAGACUGGUCAACAGAGCUCCUGGCCCGAAGGCCUGUUCUGGCAGAGAAGGAGAAAGCCUUGGGAGCAGCACGGGCCGCUUGUCCCUCCUGCCCUCGCCUGCCCCCUCUUCUGUGCCUCUGUUUCUCCAGCUCUUCUCACUGUGACACAUGCUUCCUCCCUGGCAGCACUGGGUGAGGGUUGAAUGAGGAUUAGACCUAGCCAUGAAAGCUGGUCUGAGAAACAGGAUGGCUUACCAGUGGUACCAAGCUGAGUCCUUGGACUCUUUGAUCAAUAGAAAUUGAUAAGAGAUCAGACAAGAAAUUUAGGCAAGGCUUUACUGGAACUCACACUGCAGCAGUGGGGAGUUAAGAACAAGUGAACCGGUGCCCUUGCUUGACCCCUGCAGGUGGCAGGGCGAGCUGGUCCCUUAAAUGAGGUGAGGGUGGGAUGGACCAGUGGGUCAGGUUUACAGGGUGGCUUGGGUGGUCUGCCAGCCCACAUGGUGGUGCUGUGUGCAAGGAUCGUGCAGAACCCUGCUUUUGCUCCCCGUACCUCAGAAAUGACAGUUGGGUUUUGGUCUUUUUGUAUUAGUCAGAAUUGACCCCAACUGUGCAUUCGUCAAGUUAUUUUUAGUUCCUUAUAGUUUCUUUGUGUUCUGUUGCUCAAGGAGAUGUUUGUUCAGGUGCGAGCACUCCAGUAAAGGGACCCAGGCCCCAACCUAUCUCACCAGCACCCUCACAACAGCAGCCUGGUACCAUGCAGGCAGGCACACUGGGCUCCUUCAGGCCUGGUGAUCUUCCCAGCCAGUCUGCUGGCCUCAUCAUGACCACCAUUGGGGUUUCUCUUCUGUUGGCAGAGGGAUUUUAUUAAAAACAAAAAUAAAAAGCUACAGAAAAUCUGCAAACCCUCUGUCAAACCAAAUAGUGAGUGGUUUCUUGACUUUCCUAAAAAAUGUCACGUCUCCAUAUUACCCCAUCUCCACCACACUUCUCCCAGGCUCCUAAUCCUUACUGUCAGAUAAGCCCACUUGAGCUGUCCAGCUCCCGGCAGCAGAGCUUACCUCUGGGUGCGCGGGCUUGGCUGGGCUCCAUUUUAAGAGGUAAUGACAGAAUUGCCCUCUCAGAGCCUGCCUCUCACCUAUGCUGCCCAUGCCCGCUGCCAGACCCCCCCCAGCCCCCCGCACAGUAGCUCAAGGGGCUAGUCAUGGGGAAUGUCCAUCACCGCUGGCUGGUCAUUACUUUCUAAUGACUGUAGGUGGCUUUAUCCAGGCAAUGACUGAGCAAUUGCCAAAUGCAAGGUGUGAAGGGGAGGGGAAAGGAAAAGAAUUAUACAAAGAAAAUGUGGUUGCUCUCUGGGAGUUCACUGGAACUACACAGGCCUCAGGAAGGAGCUAAAACUAGGGUAGAGCCCGAUGGAUGGACAGGGAGGAGGGUCCUACAGGCAAAGGACUAUGUUCCCCAACAAGCACAGCACAUUCUGGGAGCUCACUCAGCAACCUGGUGACACUCCCACACAUGGCCCUUCUGAAAUUGGGGCCCUGUUACCUUCUGGGUGGCACAGGGCUCACCUUUCCAGAGAAUCAUUGAAGGCAGAGGAGUGCAGGAUGAACAGCAAUUUUCAUAUUAAGUGGAUGGUAUAGUUCAUAUAAGCUAGUGUGUAAAACCAUUUCACACCCUAGACUCCCAGGGAAACAAGCACCAUCACUGGGCCAGGGGCUUUGUAGGGGCAAGGACCUGGGCACAGAGCUGCAUCUGUCCCUCCAUCCACAUGAAGAAUAAAAUGACAUUAGGCCUGGGCCCAGCCUCAUCUCAAAGCUUGUUCCCAGGAGCAAUAAUGACCUGGCCAGGGCACUAGAAGGCCAGACGUGCUCAAUGGGCAAAAUGAUCUACCAGCUCUAGAAAUAAGGAUGUAGAUGGAGGCAUGGGCUGUAAAGUUGGGGGUGGCAGAGGCAAGGGGUGAAAGGCUAACUACCCUUCUGAGGGAACUUGGCUAGUUCUUCUGUGUCAAAUAUCCAGCAGUAGGAAUAACCUGGUAGUCCAGUGGUUAGCAGUCUGUGCUUCCACUGUAAGGGUCACAGGUUCAAUUCCUAGUCGGGAAACUAUGAUCCCACAUGCCAUGUGACCGAAGCAAACUCAGGACACCAUCCUGGAACAGGAGGAACUAACAAUAACUUGUCAACAUCUUUUGGUUUAAAAUGUUGGCAGAGUUGUAGUUAAACUGCAAAAUCCCCAUCACCUGUACCUUCUGUUCCCUUUGAACCUUCUAGAAUUUCUGCUGACUUCUUGCUAUGGGCCGAUCUGUCUACAACAGGGAGCUUGGCUGAUGCCACACAUGCCUCCAGGUCUUUGAGGUCAAGGCUUCAGUAAGACUUGAGAAGCUAGAAGCCCUCACAGAAAGAGCUAUGUGAGCAGCAAGUGUGCCCUCUCUGUAAAGGGUUAGGAUGGCAGGAAAGAGCAUUGCUUCUCCUGAAGGAGGUGGUUUUGCCCUUUCUGUGAGACACCACAUACUGACUUGUGACAGCCCCUCGUAGCCAAGCCUUAAAUGACAAGCAGAUCACAUUGGCUAGUCCCUCCCUACCUGCGGGCCUGAGUCACAAAUCAAGCUCAGGAUUGCAGCCUUCCCACCUUUCUAUACUUGACUGCUUACCCUCUGUUUAAAUCAUAACAAGGAUUCAACUAGGAAGCUUUGGGGGUUUUUGUUUUGUUUUUAAUCUCUCAAGAUGUGAAGUAUUUGUUUACUGGAUUCCACUUACCAUGCAACAUAAACAAGUUUUCUUUUUAGGGCAGGAAAACCAAUGAUUUCAUUUCUCCCUUUCUGUAGUAAUGUGGCCAUGUGUGGCUGGAGCAUAGAGAUGUAAUCCUAGUGGUUUUUAAGAAAAUUAUUUUCUUGCUAAUUGACACUUCUGUGGAUGAAGACUUUGAAUAAAAACCUAUUAUUUUUUAC